AUGACGCCAAACAGCACGCAAAAAGAUGCCGUACCCCCUAUAGCCGUUAUUGGGAUGAGUUUCCGAGGCCCAGGGGAUGCCACAAACACCGAAGGCCUAUUGCGCAUGGUAGCCGAGAGUCGCGAGAGUCGGUCACCGGUCCCAAAGCAAAAAUGGAAUCAUGAAGCAUUCUAUCACCCUGAUGCAAGUCGACACGGGUCUCACAAUGUGGAACAUGGACACUGGUUCCAGCAAGAUGUAUAUGAAUUUGACGCGCCCUUUUUCAAUAUAUCACAACCAGAGGCCAUCGCCCUCGAUCCUCAACAGCGAAUGCUUUUAGAAUGCUCAUACGAAGCCUUUGAGAAUUCGGGCACGCCGAUGUCCCGGGUGAUUGGCACAGAUACAUCUGUCUUUGCAGCAUGUUUUGCGACGGACUACACAGAUAUGCUCUGGAGAGACCCCGAAACGGUUCCCAGAUACCAGUGCACGAAUUCUGGAUUCUCGCGAGCAAAUAUGGCAAAUCGAAUUUCUUUCUCUUUUGAUUUGAAAGGACCGAGUGUAACUAUUGACACGGCGUGCUCGGGUGGUUUGACUGCUUUGCAUUUAGCAUGUCAGAGCUUGUUAUCCGGGGACUCGAAGCAAGCUAUUGCGGCUGGAUCAAGUCUGAUUCUUGGCCCUGAUGUGAUGAUCACGAUGAGCAUGAUGAAUUUCUUGUCGCCCGACGGAAGGUGCUACGCAUUCGACGAGCGGGCGAAUGGUUAUGCACGAGGAGAGGGUGUUGCUGUGUUGCUCCUGAAGCGACUGGAUGACGCUCUGGCUGAUGGAGAUACCAUUCGAGCAGUGAUUCGCGGGACAGGCUGCAAUCAAGAUGGCAAGACGCCGGGUAUCACGAUGCCUAACGGAGCUUCUCAAGAAGCUUUAAUCCGAUCGGUAUAUCAGAAGACCGGUCUUGAUCCAUUAGACACCUCAUACGUGGAAUGCCACGGAACGGGCACACAGGCCGGUGACACAACCGAGACGGGCGCUUUACGAACAGUAUUUUGUUCAGGUCGGCAGCUCAAGAGUCCGCUCAUCAUAGGGUCAGUGAAAACAAACAUCGGUCACCUUGAAGGAGCAAGUGGUCUUGCCGGAGUCAUCAAGUCCAUUUUGAUGUUGGAAAACGGGAUCAUUCUCCCGCAUCGAAAUUUCGAAACGGCAAAUCCACGCAUUCCAAUGAGGGAGUGGGCGCUGCGGGUUCCCACGAAUGUCGAGCCUUGGAUAUCCUCAUCACCGCGUCGCGCGUCCGUAAAUAGCUUCGGGUACGGCGGAGCAAAUGUUCAUGCCAUACUGGAAAGUGCCCAUGACUACUUGCGAGUCCACAAGAUUGACCCCAGCCAUUUCACCCGGACUUCUGCACUUACCGUCAAGGAGAUACAAAAUGUUCUCGAUGUUUCACUCUCGAAUGGGCAUACUUCGGCCAGUGUCAAACUUCAAAACGGUCACUCAAAUGGUCAUCGGAAUGACCAUACAAACGGGGCCUCAUUUUCCAACGGCUACCACCAAGAUGGAGUCAACAUGGCGGGAGAGGAGGAAGAUUUCGCGCGCCUCAACGGAUUGAACGGUCGAUUGACGCACUAUAAGAGCCACACAAAGUCCCAGAGGCGACUAUUUGCAUUAUCCGCCUUUGACCCCAAAGCCGGAGAAGCUUGGGCCGCUCAGUUAGCUGAUUAUGUCCAACAAAGGGAAGAUACAGAAGAGGGAGAAUUCCUCGACAGUCUCUCGUUCACGCUGAGCAACAGGAGAACCACCCACUCAUGGAAAGCCGCGAUAGCUGCAGAAUCCCGACAAGAUUUGAUCUCGCAACUGAAGGGUUCUCAAUUCGUGAACAUCACGCCGAAGACCAAGCUUGGUCUUGUAUUCACAGGCCAAGGAGCACAAUGGUGCGGGAUGGGAUUGGAGCUCAUCAAUGCUUUCCCAAAAUUCCGAGAGAGCCUCGAAGAAUGCGAAUCGGCGCUGAUUCGCCUUGGAGCACCAUUUGGUGUUUUGGAGGAGCUCCAAAAGGACUUCGAGAGCUCUCAAGUCAAUAAGGCACAAUACAGCCAGCCCCUUUGCACAGCCUUGCAAAUAGGCUUGGUGAAUUUGCUUGAUUCUUGGGGCAUUCAACCCGAUUCCGUCACCGGGCACUCAAGUGGAGAAAUUGCGGCAGCGUACUGUGCCGGUGCAAUCAGCCUCGAAGAUGCCAUGCUCGUAGCAUAUGCGAGAGGGUGUGCAACCGUUGAGCUAUCGGAAAAAGGAGUCGAUGGUGCGAUGGCAGCAGUGAGUAUGUCGCGAGAGGAGUUGAGCCAUCUUCUCUCGAAUUUGCAGAAGGGAAAAGCCUCAAUAGCAUGCUCAAAUAGCCCGUCGAGCUUCACUGUCUCAGGUGACAAGAGUGCUGUCGAUGAGCUGCAGCAGAUUCUUCGCGCGCAAGGUGUCUAUAACCGCCGGCUGGUGGUUGGAGUGGCAUACCAUUCCCACCAUAUGAACCUUGUCGCUGACAGUUACCGAGCCGCGAUUGAUAAUGUCCAGGCCAAAGAAGGGAACAACGUCAAGUUCUUUUCUUCCGUCACGGGGAAGCUGACGCAGAAAUCCAAGUUAGGUCCAGAGUAUUGGGUCAGUAAUCUGGUGAGCGAGGUGAGAUUCGCUCAAUCACUUCAUCAACUGGCAAUCCACGAGGAACCCAACGACACAAGCCGAAUCCAAACCCUGGUCGAAAUUGGUCCUCAUGCAGCGCUCGCAGGGCCAAUGAGGCAGAUUCUUCAAGCAGAUCAGAGCCCGACCAAGUCGCCAGUAGAAUGCCUCUCGGUUCUCAUCCGGAAAAAAGAUGCGGUAACCACAGCGCUGGGUAUGGCAUCGAGUCUUUUCAUUUCUGGGCAUUCCAUACAGCUAUCAGCCGUGAAUCAGAACUCCCAAUCAAAGAUCCCGCCACUGAUAGAUCUCCCUUCCUACGCUUGGAAUCACACGAAAUCAUACAACGCUGAAUCGCGAAUUAGCAAGGCCUACCGCGAACGGGAACAUCCUAGAACCGAUCUCCUGGGGUCUUUUGAUACCCACUCCAGCCCACUGGAGCCACGAUGGCGACAGAUAAUUCGCCUGUCAGAGCUGCCAUGGUUGCGAGAUCACAGCAUUCAAUCGGCCAUCGUUUACCCAGCAGCUGGAUACAUCACAAUGGCAAUGGAGGCUGCGAAACAGCGGGUUCUGUGGGGUGCACCAGGAACACAGGUGUCAGGGUACCAAUUCCGGGAUGUUGCGAUCAGCUCAGCUCUCCUGAUCCCGGAGACGCCCGGCGAGGUUGAGGUCGUCAUUACGCUGAAGGCGUUUGCAGAGAGCGUCCGAUCGCCAUCGAGUCUUUGGGAUGAGUUUUCGGUUUCUUCAGUGUCUGGCGAAAAUCGAUGGACCGAGCACUGCCGUGGAUUGAUCGCGGUACAAACACCACCCAAGACGACAAAUACUGUCAACGGCCCAGCAUGUGAAGACUCCACCAAGGCCAGCAACCAGGCUUUGGUUGCGGAGUUUGACACACUCCGCAAGAGACGAGUAGAGACGACUGGACUUUACUCGAGUCUCUGGCGAGUGGGCAUGCAAUAUGGUCCUGCAUUCGCAAAUUUGCAGGAAGUUCGCUCUGCACCUGGUCGAAGUAUCAGCCAGAUUGAGAUCCCAAACACGAGAGCAGUAAUGCCGAUGCAGUACGAGCGAGCUUCGGUGAUUCACCCAGCUACCCUGGAUAGUAUUUUCCAGACGUACCUUCCAGCGCUAGCAGAGCAAAUGGGUCAGUUGGACAGCCCGGUGAUCCCGGUGGGGAUAGAGAACAUGUUCAUCGCCGAAAAUGUCUCCAGAGAACCAGGCGAUACGCUUGCGUCGUACACCUCGACCACUCGCAAAGAUAACAGAUUUUUCUCGGCUGAGAUGAGUAUCUUCGAGGGUGGUUAUGAAGCUGGCAAACAGCCAGUGAUCCAUGUUGGGGAAAUGACAAUGGCUGCGCUGGACCGUGGCAGUGCGGAUGAAGCCGACGGCCAUGCUCGUUCGCGUGCGUUCUCCAUGAAAUGGGCUCCCGAUGUGGAACUCUUGAAUGGUUCGCAGACAUUGGACGUUUUCCGUCGGUCGGCGAAAGGCAUCGACAUGGACGUUGUGCAAGGAGGCCACUCGCUGCCCGAGAACAUUCAGUUGGUGGCAGCAUAUGUUCAUCUCCUCGCUCACAAAUUCCCUGCUCGGAGAAUUCUCGUAACAGGCACCCGAUCUGGAUCAGCAGCAAUGGCCUUCUUAUCAUCACUUUCGGCUUUCGGACAUGGGAUUUCUCCAUUCAGGUCGCUCCAUUGCACCGAUCUCAGUCCGGAUGUGCAUGAAUUCAUUCAAGCGCAGUUCCCUCUGUGGGCGGAUUCAAUCACAUAUGGAGAGGUUGAGAUCGGAAGUUCGCAAGACCCAUACGAUAUUGUCAUGGCAUGUAACUUGCUUGAAACAAGCCCCGAUAUCUCAGCGACUCUGUCGUCCGUGUCGCAAAUGGUACUGCCAGGUGGCAGAUUACUCUUGGUAGACCACGAUGUCGAGACUUCUGCAGGCAUGUCGAUCACAAAUGGAUACUACUCUCCCUCUGAUCCCAAGCCAUUGCCAUCAGUGGAAAGUCAUGCCCGGGAAUUGGGAUUCAAUGGAUGUCAGACAUUGUGCAAAGGCGCCGUGGCUUUCCAAAUGGCCACCGAAGCUGCGCCAAAGAGGAAUGUCAGCGAGGUUCUCAUUGUCGUUGACAACGAGUCCUCGCCAGAUAUAGAUCUUUCCUAUUUGCAGAGUCUCUUUGAGAAGCUCAAUAUCGCAGCUGAAGUGGUCGCGCUCAAGAAUGCCGAGCCCCGACCGACGCAGGUGUGUAUCAUGCUCACUGAUCUAGUCAGGUCUUCACUGGCAGCACCAACAGACCUCGACUUGGCUUCCAUCAAAAGAAUAGCUCAUGGUGGUGCCGGAAUCUUAUGGAUCACUCGAGGAGCUGGCGGAGACAUCUGCACAAGCCCGGAGGCAUCGCUUGUCCAGGGCUUUGCGCGCACCAUUCGAUCCGAGACAGGAGAUCGGCCAGUUGUGACUCUGGAUCUGGAUGGCGAAUAUCCUCUCGAAGCCCAGGAUGUAGCUGGGUACAUUGUCAAUGCAGUCCAACGUCUGGACUUGGACGCCAGUAGCAGCAAUCCUAGUGAACAGGAGUUUAUUGAACGACGCGGUAUCCUUCACAUACCCCGACUCAUCGAAGACAUUGAAGCGACCGACAAAAUACAGACAGACAGUGGUCGGGCGGCUGAGCCCAAACCAUCGCUCCGUCGCCUGGAUGAAAUCGGCUCUUCGCGUCUUUUCGUGGGAACUCCAGGUCUUCUAGACACACUGCAUUUCGCAGCGGAUGAGCGCACCAAUUCCAUGUUGCAGCAUGGCCAGAUUGAGGUCGAGGUCAAAGCAACAGGUAUCAACUUCAAAGACGUUAUGAUGGCCAUGGGCCAAAUUCCAGUUGAAGAUCUGGGCUGCGAAAGCAGUGGGACAGUCUCGGCGAUAGGAGACGACAUCAAAAAUGAUCCUCACGGUCUCCGAAUCGGAGAUCGAGUGAUGUGUCUGAGUUCGGGGUCUUUCUGCACUAAGUUACGACUCGACGCAAGGCUAGCAGAACGCAUUCCCGACUCAAUGUCGUUUGAGACCGCGGCUGCUAUACCCAUCACACAUGUGACGGCGUAUCACUCCUUGCACAACAUUGCGCGCCUGCGCAAAGGCGAGAAUAUUUUGAUUCAUGCCGCUGCAGGCGGACUGGGCCAAGCAUUGGUUGAGAUGAGCCAACUGGCCGGGGCAGAAGUAUUCGUGACUGUCGGAAGCGCGGAGAAGAAAGCAUUCAUCAUGGAUCGGUUCGGUAUAUCUGAGGAGCGCAUCCUGUACAGCCGAGACAUGAGCUUUGCUCGUUUAGUGAUGCAUUUGACGUAUGGGCGAGGUGUGGACGUGAUUGUGAAUUCGCUAGCCGGCGAGGCAUUGCGACAAUCGUGGACGUGCAUAGCGGCGAAUGGACGGUUCGUCGAGCUAGGUCAGAGGGACAUCACCCUCAACACGCGUCUGGACAUGGCGCCGUUUGCGCGCAAUGCCUCUUUCACUGCGUUCAAUCUGGCAUUCACGAUGCGCAAUGACCCCCAGGCAGCACGGGAUGUGUUAAUCCAGGUCCUGGACCUCUUCAGAGAUGGUUCGCUGCGAGGCCCUGAUCCACUUGAAACAUACUCGUUUUCAGAUCUUCAGCAGGUUUUCCGUAAGAUGCAGACAGGUCGACACAUGGGCAAGCUUGUGGCGGUUGUGAAGCCAGAUGACAUGGUUAAACAUGCCCAAUCCACCACCGAAGGUCCAUUGCUACGCGCCGACGCGUCCUACCUGCUCGUCGGGGGUCUAGGUGGUAUCGGCCGGGCAACGGCUCUGUGGAUGGCGUCCCGGGGAGCCAGAUAUCUCAUCUUCAUCAAUCGAUCAGGGCUCGAGAGUUGGGCGGCCCGAGAAACGAUCGCCGCACUUCAAGCCGGGGGCUGCACAGCAAGCGUCUUCGCGUGUGAUGUCGCCGAUGCGACCCAACUCAUUUCAACAUUGGAGACAGCGCGACAAAGAUUGCCACCUAUUCGUGGCGUUAUCCAAGGCGCCAUGGUCCUGCGAGAUUGCAUGCUAGACAAGAUGUCUCUCGAAGACUACCUCGCCGUCCUAAGACCCAAAGUCCAAGGAACUUGGAACCUUCACGCCCAUUUACCCCCGGACCUCGAUUUCUUCCUGAUGGAAUCAUCAAUCAGUGGAAUAAUUGGCAACACGGCACAAGCCGCAUACGCAGCAGCCAACACAUUCCUGGACGCAUUCGCACGGUACAGAAGAUCCAACAACCAACCCGCGACGACGAUCGACAUCGGCGCCGUAUCUGGAGUCGGAUAUCUAGCGCAGAACGAAGAUCUCAAGAUAGGCAUGCAGCGACAAGGCUUCGACUUCACCGAUGAAGCUGGCAUCAUGCGACUUCUUGAGUUUUCUAUCAGGAAUUCAUCUCACGAUGUCGACCGUGCUCAUAUCAUCACGGGCUUGGGUGCUUGGAGCGCGGAUACUUCUCUUCCGGCUCUGCGGGCACCUAUGUUCUCGCAGUAUCGGAUGCUCUCUUCAAAUCCUGAGCAGGGGGCGAAGAAUGAGGACUCUUUGGCUCAGGCUUUGAAAAGGUGUACGGAUGUCGGUGGUGCGAGUAGUGUGAUUCUUGACGCUUUGGUUAAUCAGAUUGUGUCUCAUACUGGUUUGCCGGUUGAGAAUGUGAGCACGAAUAAGAGCUUGCAGGAUUAUGGGAUUGAUUCGCUUGCGGCGGUGGAGUUGAAGAAUUGGAUUUCGAAGGAGAUGGAGAGUGCGGUGCCUAUCUUUGAGUUGAUGGCUGCUGAGUCGCUUCAGGUCUUGGCAGGCAAGAUUUGCGGUCGAAGCAGACUGGUCUUGGGCUCAAAUGGUGUGAACAAAGAUUGCUAG